GGCGUGAUAGGCACCGUGCGUGAUGAUAUCAUCGGGACUUACCCCUUUGCUCCUUUCUUCUCCCCCUCCAGCACCGAACCGAACCGGGAUCAGAGUAUUACGUCAUCAGCUACGUCAUGGGGAGGAAGUCUGUACGGGCAAAAGAAAAAAAACAAAAACGCCAAGAGGAACGUGCUGCCAUGGCAGCUGUGUGCGCCAAGGUGCAAGCGGCCAAUCAGCUGGGUGACCCCCUAGGAGCCUUUCCAGUCUUUAAGAAGUUUGACAGAAAUGGGUUGAAUCUGUCUAUAGAGUGCUGCAAAGUAACAGAUUUGGACCCGAAGACUCUAGACUGGGUAUUUGAACUCACAAAGACAAAUAUGCAGCUGCUAUAUGAACAGAGCGAGUGGGGAUGGAAAGAGCGGGAAAAGCGUGAUGAGCUGACUGAUGAACGUGCCUGGUACCUUAUUGCCAGAGAUGAGCUUUCUGCGCCUGUGGCUUUUGUGCACUUCAGAUUUGACGUGGAGUGCGGGGAUGAGGUCCUUUAUUGUUAUGAGGUGCAGUUGGAAAUCCGUGUCCGCAGGAAAGGAGUGGGGAAAUUCCUGGUACAAAUCUUACAAUUGAUGGCAAAUAGCACACAGAUGAAGAAAGUCGUUCUUACAGUGUUCAAACACAAUCAUGGUGCUUACCAAUUCUUCAGAGAUGCUUUACAGUUUGAGAUAGACGAGACCUCUCCCAGUGUAUCGGGGUGCUGCAGUGACGAUUGCACGUAUGAGAUUCUGAGCCGCAAGACAAAGUUUGGAGACGCUCCCCAUUCACAUUCAGGACAUUGUGCAGGCUGCUGCCACUGAAUAAGGUGGUGGAUGGACAUAUGGGAAAUUCUGGGGGGUUCAAAUGGACACAGCGAUUGUCAUUAUCUUCUGUUUGUGGUUUUAUUUUGUUUUUUUUGUUUUCUACUCUUCUAGUUUUUAAUUUUUUUUUUAAAUUUAGUGAUGUUUCAAUACUGUGCUAUUGUGCACAUGCGUGUGACUCGCGCCACCGCAAGUCCUUUUAACAGUAAAUAAAUUCUUGUUUGAAUCCAAA